GCCAGUGAAGUGUUGGGCGGUCACGCUUCCUGAACUAUCGCGAUGCAUUCACCUCGAAAUCUCGCCCAUGCAUGACACUGCAGGAAACCCCGCUGCAUCUUCCUUUCUCAACAUGGCACCGAAGGCGAAGAAGGAAGCUGUCCCUGCCAAGACUGAGGCCAAGUCAAAGGCCCUGAAGGCCAAGAAGGCUGUGCUCAAAGGUGUACACAGUCAGAGGAAGAAGAAGAUCAGGACUUCUCCCACCUUCCGUCGCCCCAAAACCCUGCGUCUCCGCAGACAGCCCAAGUAUCCUCGCAAGAGUGCUCCUCGCAGGAACAAGCUGGACCACUAUGCCAUCAUCAAGUUCCCCUUGACAACAGAGUCUGCAAUGAAGAAGAUUGAAGACAACAACACACUUGUGUUCAUCGUGGACGUCAAGGCAAACAAGCAUCAGAUCAAACACGCUGUCAAGAAACUGUAUGACAUCGACGUCGCCAAAGUCAACACCCUCAUCAGGCCUGAUGGUGAGAAGAAGGCGUACGUACGUCUGGCACCAGAUUAUGAUGCGUUGGAUGUUGCAAACAAGAUUGGCAUCAUCUAAACCGUGACUGGGGAGACUUGUGGAAGAAUAAAUAUUUGUAUAAACAAGUUU